AUGGCUGCCGUUGUCGACCUGAAUGUCGCCGCUUCGUCCCCGGCGUCAUCGGGAGAGGCCCAGACCCAUUCUCCCGCGUCUCCCGACAUGAAUAUCAAGGGCAAAGGCCGACAAAGAUUGCUCCGCGGGCUGCAGAGGAUUUCAUCGUCUCCGUCGUUGAAUGGACUGCGCCGAUCUCGCUCGGUAAGCACCCCGUACAGCUCACGAGGCUCCUUGUCUUGUGCUAGUUUGGCCGCUGCCGGUCCUCCCAAAAAUUCACCUAGCGCGACCUCAUCUACUCCUGAGCCGAUACCGCUUGGCAUGCCGAAUGUCUCGGCUUGCGUCUCGCCCGCGGUCACUCACGAAAACCUGCUAUCCCAAGAGAGCACCCGAAGCCCGGUUGCUGUGAGGAGAGUACUCGAGCGAAGCGCGACACCAUCCACCGCUUCCCUCCCCCUGACAGUACGAUCCAACAAGCUGGAUGGGCUUGCAAAGACCAAGACAGCCACGACAACUGGCUCCCCCAAACCCAGCUUUAGCUUCUGGGGAAAUAUGCCGCAUGAGAUCCGGGUUCAAAUUCUAGGCCAUCUUCGCACCAAAGAGCUGGUCCAGGUAUCCAGAGUCAGCAAAUACUUCUAUAGAUUUUGCUUUGACGGACAGCUCUGGUCUUCUUUCGAUGCAUCCGAGUUCUACAGAGAGAUACCUGCCGAGUCGCUGGCAAAAAUCAUCGUUUCUGCGGGGCCGUUUAUAAGGAACUUGAAUCUCAGGGGCUGCGUACAGGUUGAGCACUACAGGCGGACCGAGGUCAUUGUAAAGGCUUGCAAAAAUCUUGUCAAUGCCACACUGGAGGGCUGCCGGAACUUUCAAAAUAAUACCCUCCACACUCUGCUGAGGACGAAUGAGAAGCUUGUUCACUUAAACCUGACAGGUCUCUCCGCCGUGUCAAACACAUCCUGCAAGAUUGUCGCAGAAUCCUGUUCCCAGCUCGAGACCUUUAAUGUCUCCUGGUGCGACAAGGUCGAAGCCAGAGGAAUCAAAGCAGUCAUCGAAUCAUGCCCAAGGUUGAGGGACCUGAGGGCCGGGGGGGUUCGGGGUUUUGACGAUAUACCGACUGCCGAGUCCCUCUUCCACGCCAACACACUCCAACGUCUCGUGCUCUGCGGCUGUGUCGAGCUAAACGACGAGGCUCUUCAGAUGAUGAUGCGCGGCCCCGACCCCGAGCUCGACGUCUUGACCGGACAGCCUUUGUCGCCUCCCCGAAAGCUGCGGCAUCUGGACUUGAGUCGAUGCAACCGCCUUUCAAGCAGUGGCGUCCGAUCUAUCGGUCACGUCGUCCCCGAGCUGGAAGGUCUUCAGCUUUCCGGAUGCAGGUCGCUGACGGAUGCUGCUCUCGAGCCCAUCCUUGCCUCGACUCCUCGGCUAACCCACCUUGAGCUGGAGGAUCUGGAGGAGCUGACGAACUCGCUCAUGUCGGAACAUCUCGCCAAAGCCCCGUGUGCUGAGUCACUAGAGCAUUUGUCCAUCAGCUACUGCGAAGACAUUGGCGACGUGGGCAUGCUGCCGGUGCUGCAAAGGUGCCGCAGCCUGAAAAGCAUCGACAUGGACAACACCCGCAUAAGCGACCUCUCCUUGGCAGACGCGGCAGCCAUGGUAAGCAGGCGCUCCAAGAGAUGCUUCGACGCCAGCCAACGGCCCCGGGUCACCCUGCAACUGGCCGUCUACGAUUGCCAAAACGUCACCUGGACUGGCAUCCGGGAAGUCCUGUUCCGCAACGCCCACAUCAGAUCGUCGACGGAGCGGCCAGGAAAAGUAAGCUACCCCACGGAAACGAUCGGCUUGAAGUGCUUUUACGGGUUCCAGAUGACGGUCGAUGAACACCAGAAGCGGGUGCUACGCGGAGACUUUUCAUCCGCCGGCAGGCUGGAAAGAAAAUGGGCCGAUUACAUGCAGGCAAACGAGGAAGCUGGAGUGGCAGGAGCGGGUUAUCGCAGGAGAAGGCGUCGAGCCAGGGAAGCCCAGACGCUCCACAUGACCGAGGAAGACGGUGGCAUCGUGGGUCGACGGCGAGCGCGAACUAUGGGAGCCUGCUCCGUGAUGUGA